GGCGCUCUCUUCGUGGCCGUUGAAUGGGCGGGACACGGCCGGAACUGAAGUGCGCGGGGUCACAGUUGUUGCCCGCCGUGACGGCUGGGGUUGAGUGCAGCGGUUGGGGAUCUUGCCGCUUUUCUUCUUUCGUUCGAAAGAUGUUAUGAUUUAGUGAAAAUACGCUGGACCAGGAACUAAAAUUGGGUUCCAGACCACAUACUCCUUGGAUAGCUGGAUGCCCUUGAGUAAAUGAUUGAUUUUUCAUUUUCCACAUACAUAAGCCUCAGAAGAGAACAGUCACCACACUCAUGGCAGGGAUUUUGCGCUCAAUAGUUCAGAGGCCCCCAGGCAGACUCCAAACUGUGACAAAAGGUGUGGAGUCUCUUAUUUGCACGGAUUGGAUUCGUCACAAAUUUACCAAGUCAAGAAUUCCAGAUAAAGUAUUUCAGCCUUCACCUGCAGAUCAUGAAAAAUACGGUGGGGAUCCACAGCACCCUCAUAAACUGCAUAUUGUUACCAGAAUAAAAAGUACAAAAAGACGUCCAUAUUGGGAAAAAGAUAUAAUAAAGAUGCUUGGAUUAGAAAAAGCACAUACUCCUCAAGUUCACAAGAAUAUCCCUUCAGUGAACGCAAAACUGAAAGUGGUUAAACAUUUGAUAAGGAUCAAGCCCCUGAAGUUGCCCCAAGGACUUCCAGCAGAGGAGGACAUGUCUAACACGUGCCUCAAGAGCACUGGGGAAUUAGUGGUGCGGUGGCAUCUAAACCCCAUAGACCAGGAAGCAGUUAAGUCCUAAGGCCAGAGCAGUUUCAUAUUAAAAAAUGUAAAUCAUUUUUAUUUAAAGGUAGUGAGAAAGUGUUCUCAUUAAAAUAUAUUUUAAAUACUA